AUCAUUCGUCACACUCAAGAUCAGAGAACGUACUUUGCAAUGUGUUAAAAGGAAUUCGUUUCUCUUUUGGUUUAUAUAGCAAGAACAAUUUGAGCAGUGUUUGUGUCUUAUUUUUAUGAAAGAAGAAGAUGGUUGUCAAUUAUUUACACUUUCUCGUGCUGUCGUUGGUGUUUUGUUUUUGUUCAACGAAUCCUUUACAUUUUCGAAGUGCAAAUUAUGAAAGACAAAUACGGCCUGCUUUUCAAAAUGGCGUCUUCAAUUUUGGUUUUCAAUUGAACAUUCCAGAACCGUUAAUAGGCUUCCGGCUUACAGAAAUGAAAAAUACGAAUAAAUAUUUUGGAUCUACUUUUAAUGCAAUUCAAUCUAAUUUGCCUAUGAUUACUUCAAGAACUGGUGCCACCGAUACUUUUUCUCACUCCAAUAAUGCUAUCAAUGAAAGAGAUAAGGGAAAUCAAAAGGAUGCUCGUUUUAGCUCCAAUGAAAUUCCUCAAAAAAAUAAAGAAGAGUCUGAAGAUAUUUCUACUGAAAACACAGAAACAACUUCAUUCACGACAGACGAACCAUCUACUACUGAAAGCACAUAUGAAACAACGACAGAUUCUGAAUACACAACAUCAAUAUAUUAUGAUGACGAAUUAUUCAACCGGUCAGGAGUUUCCUCGCAGCUACUAGCUUCUUUGGUUGGAUGACAAACUAUAUUAUGUAUUGACAAAACAGACUAGAACUGUGGACGAUGGUAGAUCAAUGUUAAUAUUUGAAUUUGAAUAACUUACGUAUUUAGCACAGAUUUUCGGUCAUCAAAAAUAUAUCCAUUAAGUAAGUUGAAGGUUAAAAGAAAACAAAGGAACUCAACAUAGAACUGGUUUUUGUUAUUGACUACAUUUUAUAUGAUAAUUAAAAAAAUAGCCUUAAUCGUUUACGAUGUGUGUAUUGUUUUAUAAAUUAAAUUUAAAGUAUACAAAUUAAAGAAUUGCUUUUGUCAGUCUGUAUCAAUAAAUUCAAAAAUCGAUUUUAUAAAUCCCUUAUUACGUAAAAUCACGACCCUGUGAAAACUCACUCGUAACUAUUAGCAUUGCCGGAACUUGUUAUGUACCAUGUUAAAAAGUAUUAUAAGUUAUAAUCCAAGCUAUAAACUAUCAUCAUACAAAUGUUGAUUAAAAUCCCUUUUGCCGUUUUUGCCUAAUUGAGUUUGUUACUCACACACAUAGUAUGUACAUUCAAAUAUACAAGCGUUCAUGUUCAUAAUCUCUAUAUAUAAAAAUGAAUUGCUGUUCGUUAGUCUCGCUAAAACUCGAGAACGGCUGGACCGAUUUGGCUAAUUUUGGUCUUGAAUUAUUCG